ACCACAGUUGAUACAUACAAAUUAGAAUAUUAAAGAUGGCUUCACGCAGCCUCUUGUGUCUCUAUGCCUUUGUGCUGUUUAGUCUUGCCACCGCAGAUUUCUCUGCAGCCUUGUCUCCUUAUUUUUAUAACAAAGUGUGUCCCAAAGCUUUGCCAACCAUCAAACGAGUGGUUGAGGCCGCAGUGCAGAAGGAGAAGCGCAUGGGUGCUUCUUUGCUUCGUCUCCACUUCCAUGACUGUUUUGUUAAUGGUUGUGAUGCUUCAAUUCUCCUAGACGCUACAUCCACGAUUGACAGUGAAAAGAAUGCGGGCGCUAAUGCAAAUUCUGCAAGAGGAUUCAAUGUCGUCGACGACAUCAAGUCUCAGGUUGACAAAGUCUGCGGACGCCCAGUGGUGUCCUGUGCAGACAUCUUGGCUGUUGCAGCACGGGACUCUGUGGUUGCGCUUGGAGGACCAUCAUGGACUGUACAACUGGGAAGGAGAGACUCGACAACAGCGAGCAGGACAGACGCCAACAACAACAUUCCCUCGCCAUUCAUGGACCUCCCCGCACUCAUCACCAGGUUCAGCAACCAAGGCCUGGACACUAAAGACCUAGUUGCACUCUCAGGUGGCCACGUCAUAGGAUUUGCCCAGUGUAAUUUCUUCAAGAACCGCAUCUACAAUGAGUCCAACAUCGAUCCCGCCUUCGCUCGUGCCCGCCAAUCCACAUGCCCUCCCAACGGCGGUGACACCAAACUGGCUCCCCUGGACCCGACCGCAGCGCGCUUCGACACCGGAUACUUCACCAACUUGGUGAAGAGGAGGGGACUGCUCCACUCGGAUCAGGCACUCUUCAAUGGUGGCUCAACCGAUACACUGGUGAAGACAUACAGUACAAACUUUGGAGCAUUUUCAGCUGAUUUCGCCAAGUCCAUGGUGAAGAUGGGAAACAUAAAGCCAUUGACAGGGAAGAAGGGCCAGAUUCGUGUGAACUGCAGGAAGGUGAACUAGUUAAUGUGAUGGAUUGGAGUUUGAUUAACAUGUUCUUUUGUUGGUUUGUUUCAUUGCAAAUAAAAAUGUGUAAGUCAAUGUAAUAAAUUUAUAUGUGGAACUGUUCUACAGACCAUACUAUACAAGUGAUUUUUUUUUUCCUUUAA